AACCUUCACAGGGGGUCUUACCUUCACAAAGGUAAGAAAACCUCAAAACUACUUUCAACAACGUCACGAAGACAACCUCAAUUUGAAAUGUUCCGGGUUCUCACGCGCUUGAAACCCUCAUUUUCUGAGUGCGGCUCCCGCAAAUCAUCUCAUCCGCCGCCUUGUCCACACGUGGAGCCCGGAGAAAAGCCCCAAUACUCCAAACCCGAUUGUUCCCGGGCUGUUAUCAUUGGCGGAACCGGCAGUGUAGGCCUAGCUACAGCUACUCAGCUCCUCUGCGCUAAGGCUGCAAAGGUCGCUCUCAUAGACACAGACGCCUGCAAGGGAAAGGACGCAGUCACAUCCUUAAACUGCUCAUUUGGCAAAGACAAAGCGCUGUUCCUAAAGGCUGAUGUUACCAACAAGAUGGAUAUUCAGGACACUUUGAGGAAAGUGCGCGGCGAGCUCAAGCAUGUGGACUUGAUAGUGAAUGCGUUCGGCAUUUGGGACGAAUCCAAAUGGGAGGAUGAAGUGAAAGUAAAUCUCCUGGGCACUUUGAAUGUGAAUGAAAUUGCCAAAGACAUUGUCAGUCAACCGGGGGGACUUGUGCUGAAUAUCACAGGAAUUCAGGGAAUUGAAGUUUUCACCCCUGGUCCGGCAUUAGCGGCCAGCUUUCUAGGGGUAGUGGGAUUCACUCAAUCCAAAGGCCAUGAACGAAACGCAUCGGCAAAUGGGGUUAGAAUUGUGGCCUUGUGCUGCGGUUUAACCCACUCACCUACCCUCAAGGAGGUGGAGCAGAGAACCUGCUGCCCAGCCAUGGCCAACGACCUGAAAAACUACCUCAAUGAGGGCUGCUGGCAGCAGCCGGAAGCUGCAGGAAAGGCGGCAGUCGAGCUGCUAAAAUACGCGCCAAGCGGCAGUAUUUGGAUCGUUGAAGGCUCGCAGUUGUUUCAUCUAAGGCUGCCCAGCUUGCACGCGUUCCGCACUUUAGAAACACAAUUUACUUGAGCAACAUAUUUUAUUCAUGUGGAAUACAGUAUAUGUCCAAAA